GAUCUUACCAAUGAGAGACGAGAGAAAAACUUUGGAAAGUCCAAGAAGAAGAAGAAUGUGCAGCACUUCACAGAUGUGCAUGGCCUGCCUUCCAUCGAGAAGCUGGUGCGUUCAGUGGAGGAGACGCCCUGUCCUAUCAGCACGAUUAUCACUGGCAAGAUCCCAGAAUGGAUCAAUGGCAACUUCUUGAGAAAUGGACCGGGCAAGUUUGAGAUCGGCAACCACACGUUCAACCACUGGUUUGAUGGCAUGGCUCUCCUGCAUCAGUUCAAAAUAUCCAACGGUCAGGUGACGUACAAGAGCCGCUUCCUGUCCAGCGACAGCUACCAGGCCAACCAGGAGAACAACCGCAUUGCUGUGUCAGAGUUCGGAACCGUUACCAUGCCAGACCCGUGUAAAAACCUCUUCCUGCGCUUUCUUUCAAAGUUUGAGCUCCCAAAGCCAUCGGACAACGCCAACGUGAGCUUUGUGACCUACAAGGGUGACUAUUACGUCAGCACUGAAACAAGCUGCAUGCGCAGGGUGGACCCAGAGACCCUGGAGACCAGAGAGAAGGUGGACUGGUCCAACUUCAUUGCAGUGAAUGGAGCCACUGCACAUCCUCAUACUGAGCCGGAUGGGACAACCUAUAACAUGGGGAACUCCUAUUCCGUGAAAGGAGCACAUUACAACAUAAUCCGAGUUCCUGCCACCAAGACAUCUCCGGACGAGACCCUUGAGGGGGCUACGGUUUUGUGUUCAAUACCCUCAGAGCAAAAAAGUAAAGCUUCAUACUAUCACAGUUUUGCAAUGUCUGAGAACUAUGUGGUGUUCAUUGAGCAGCCAGUGAAGAUGGACCUUUUGAAGAUCGCGACAGGAAAGCUGACAGGGAAGAGCAUAUGUGAUGGUUUCUCCUGGGACCCCAAAAUCAAUACCAUUUUCCAUUUGAUCAACAAGCACACCGGAACGGUAAGUCCGGUCAAGUAUCUUGCCAAGCCACUGGCAACCUUCCACCAGAUCAAUGCUUUCGAAGAGGAUGAGCUGCUCGUCGUUGACAUGUGUGCAUCAGAUGAUGGCAGGACAUUCAGGAACUUCAAUAUUCAGAACAUGCGCAAGUCUGGCGAGGCACUUGAUGAAGUGUAUAACGCUUUGUGUAGAAGCUUCCCACGUCGUUUUGUCCUACCUCUCAAUGUCAAUGAACACACCUCCCAAGGUCAGAACCUAAAUACUCGGCCUAACAGCCCUGCAGCUUGUGUCAAGAUUGGAAAGAACAAGGUCUUCUGCACCCACGAGGACCUCCACGGGGAGGAUCUUCAUCAAUAUGGAGGACUGGAGUUUCCACAAAUCAACUACAGUAAAUGCAACACCCGUCCCUAUCGUUACUUCUAUGGCUGCGGCUUCAGGCACAUUGUUGGAGACACGCUGAUCAAGAUGGACCUUCAGGGGAAACAGAUAAAGGUGUGGGAGCAUGCUGGUCUGUAUCCGUCAGAGCCAGUGUUCAUACCUGCACCCAGCGCCUCAGAAGAGGAUGAAGGCGUCAUCCUGUCUGUGGUCAUCACUCCAGACAAGGACAAAAGUACGUUCCUUCUUGUUUUAGAUGCUCAGACCUUCUUGGAGUUAGGCAGAGCGGCUGUGCCCGUCAACAUCCCCUAUGGAUUUCAUGGAGCAUUCAACUCAGCAUCAUAAACCCAAAGAUUCCUGCAUGCUGAUAUUGGAUGCAUUUUACUUAAGUCUCUUUUCAAGGUUUAGAACUCCUCCUGAGAUGCGUCU